GGGCCGCCCGCGGCGGCAGACUCGGCGACGCCCGCGCCGCCGCGGCGGCCGGGCUCCUGGGAAGGGCUCGGGGCCUACGCGGCCGACCAGCGAGGCGCCGUCGCCGCCGGCCACGCGCUCGGGCGCAGGCCAGAGAUCGACGAGCGCUACAGGCGCUACUUUCGCUGGGCCGCGGAGCGUGGCCAAGCAGGCUGGCAGUACUUGGUGCAGACCGCCCAGUGGCGGUGCGAGCACGGCGGGCCCUGGGUGGCGCUGGAGCCGAACAUCGUGCCGUAUGACCUCGAGCCAGGCGUGGAGCAUUGGAACUUGUGGUACCACCCGGCGACCACGCCUGGCUCCGCGGAAUUGGAUAUGGGCGUUGUCUUGCGACACGUGCGGCUCUUCCUGCCCGCCUUGGAGGACGGUGAGGUGGUGCUCUUUCAGAACAUCCCCGAGUUCCGCUCUGUGCCAGAGGUCGCGCACGCCCACGUGUUCGUGCGCCCACGCGGGAGCUCGACCGCGGAGGAGCUCUGCGAGCUGCGCAAGGCCUGGCGGCUGAGGUCCCCGUGGGCGGAGCACGAGCGGCUCGGCGGCCGGGGCGCGGAGGUCGGCUUCUGA